CUCGCUGUAAUUUUUUCGAUGUGUACGUCUAAGUGAAGUUUACUGUCUAAGAGAAUACCUAAAUCACUAAUUAUAUUUUCUUUAAGAAGAGAUUCAUUGCACAAGGAGUAAUUAAAUUUAAUUAUAUUUUUAUUUUUAGUGAAAUUUAAGUAUUUGCAUUUAGGAAUACUUAAAAUUAACUUGUUAUUAUUACAAUACUCCGAUAAUCUAUUAAGAUCCUGCUGUAACAAAAGACAAUCAUCUAUUGAUUGAAUUUUUUUAUAGACCUUAAGAUCAUCGGCGUGCAAUAAGAAAUUACUGUUACGGAAGCAGUUACCAAUGUCAUUAAUGUAAAUAAUGAAUAAUAGAGGGCCCAAGAUGGAGCCUUGCGGUACGCCUGAAGUAGCCAGAAAUGAGUUAGAAUUGUAUCCAUUAGUCACAACACUCUGGUUACGAUUACUUAUAUAUGACUGGAACCAUCGUAAUAAAUUUCCCCUGAUACCAUUAAACGCAAUCUUGUUCAUUAGGAUUUUGUGGUCAACUCUAUCAAACGCUUUUUUUAAAUCUGUGUAUAUAGCAUCCGUUUGCGCUCUAUUAUCCAUAAUUAUGAUUAAAUAUAGAAGUAGAGAAAAUCAAUAAAUUAGUGACAGUGGAUUUUCGUCUAACAAAGCCAUGUUGUUCAGGUAUUAUGCUUUGUUGGAUGAAAGGAUAUACUUUAUGUUGAACAAGCGAUUCGAAUAAUUUUGCGAGAGUACAUAGGAUGGAAAUAGGUCGGUAGUUCUCAAUAUUUUGUUUGGAUCCACUUUUAUGCACUGGGACUAUAUUAGCUUUCUUCCAGGUCAUAGGGAAUAUACCAGUAGACACACAUUUAUUAAAAAUUACACAUACAGGUUUACUGAUUGUGUUAGCUGUCCAUUUUAAGAAACAAGGGGGUAUCCCGUCAGGUCCCGCCCCUUUUGCAAUGUCUAGCAUUUUUAAUUGGUGACGAAUUUGGUCGAUACUAAACUGUAUUUCAGAGAGAUGACUAUUGUUAUUAAAAUAUAGGUUUGAGGGUGGGCACCAAUCACGUGAUAAGCUUGUUGGCUCGUAUAAAGAUUGAAAAAAUGAUGAAAAAAGAUUACAAAUAUCGAGGGGAUCACUAGCUGUUACGUUGUUAUAGUACAUACGCGAGGGGAUGCCCACCCUAUUUCUACGAUUAGCUAUGUAUGUCCAGAAGUAUUUAACAUUGUGACGAAUACUGUCCUCUACACUUUUAAUGUAAGUAUUGUAGCAUUUAGUACAUUCCUUUUUAAAACGUGUUCUAUACAAGGAGAAUACCUCGUAAUCCGAUAUAUUCCCAUAUAUGUUCCACUUUGGCCACGCUUUUUUUUUAUAUUUAUAUAUAUGAAUUAGGGCUUUCGAAAACCACACAGGAUAAUUAACAUGUUUUGAUUUUGUAAGAGGUACACGAUUUUUGAUGAUACUAUAUAUGAUUAUAAAAAUUAUCAACAGAGUCUUCAGCGGAACUGCCGCUUAAUAUCAUGUCCCAGUCAUGUUCAUUUAUAUCAUUAUUAACGUGAUUGUAAUCUGCUUUACGAAAAUUAUAUUUAAUGGUUUGUUUAGGUCGUAUCAAGUUGAUGUUUAUAUUUAAAGGGAUGAUUGUAUAGAAGGGAGGGCGAUGGCUAUCAGCCUGAAGUAAGUAAUGGUUGGGUAUGAAUACAUGGCAUAGUGUGUUAGAUAUUAGGAGGUCGAGAGUGCGGCCAAGAGCGUUAGUUAAAUAAUUGUAUUGCAUAACAUCGUGUAUAGCCAUAAAAUUUCUCAUACGAUCACAGAUAGAAGAGGUGCCCAUGCAACUCAUGUAGUCGUGAGUAGGGUUCGAUUUUAUCCAGCUAGCUGUCGAGAUGUUAUAAUCACCUAGCAUUAACAAAUCAUCGAAUUUGAUUAAAUUUAUUAUAUGAUUCAUAGAUUCAAAGUGCAGAUCGUAUACAGAGAGAGGUGGGUUAUUUGGUAUAUACAUAUACUGCACAGGGGGCUUACUCUUGAUUUCAAUUCCGAUCGGUCGACAUUGGAAUUGUGACGUUUCGCACUCUUGAGUUCGAUGCUAGCGCCACAUUGGUUUGAAAUUGCGUGUUCAUUAUGGGGAACUAAUUGAAAUCGGAUUGGGCGCUAAACGGUACUCUUGAGUCUAUUUUGACAGCUGCUUAUUGCGCCAAUAUUACGGUGGGAUUGAAUGUUGAUUGUGAUUUUUCCAAUUACUAAAGAGUAACUUUUAAGAAAUUGUUUUGUGUUUUACGUGGUUUUCGUUGGAUAAAAAGUGUUUAAUAUGGCACGAUUAGCGGUAAUGUACAGUGUUUCGUUAAAUUCCCAUAAAAAACAACUGAAACUAAGACGAGAUGAGCGUCGGAUGAUGCGUUACACGGAGAAAGCGUUUUCGAUGAACGAAAACGAGUUUAAAGCCAAUUAUAGGGUGAGCAAGGAUUUGUUUCACGAAAUAUUCGAAAACAUAAAGCCUUUUAUGCAAUCCCCUAAGAGAAGAAGUGAUUUAUUACCAAAAUAUAAGGUUUUAGUGGCAUUGUCCUUUUAUGCUACUGGGAGUUACCAAAGGCUAGUUGGAGGCAGUUAUGGGACCCUAAUGAGUCAGCAAUCUACUUCUCGUUCUAUUCGAGAGGUAACAGCAGCUCUUAACCAUCCCUUAAUACAAAGGAAAUGGAUCAAGUUUCCUCAAACUCGUCGUGAAAGAGAUGCUGUAAAACUGAGAUAGCUGAUUCAGACUUAAGAA